AUGGCAAAUCUGGAAAGGCUUUUAGCAGAGCAGGAGAACUUAACUAAAAACAGAAAGUACAAGUUUUAUGCAGUUCCGGUACCUAAGAAGCCGAGAAGAGGUAUAACAAGAUGGGAAUGUGGAAUUCCUGGGCCCCAAGACAGUGUAUACGAAGGAUCUUAUUACACACUUUACGUGGACUUCCCAGAUGACUAUCCAUUCAGCCCUCCACAGGUUAUGUUCAAGCAUCCUGUGUACCAUCCGAAUGUAUAUCCUACAAACCAGGUAUGCCUCGAUAUUAUUGGAGACAGAUGGAAGCCCAGUUUGAAUGUGAUGAAUGUCUUGUGCGGAAUUCAGCAGCUGCUUGGAAGUCCUAACACACGCAGCCCUGCAAACACAGAUGCUAGUGCAUGUUUCAAAAAAGACCCACAAAGAUAUAUAGAGAAUGUAAAAGAGAACAUCAGGAAAUAUCACAGCAGACCAGAAUGGAAGGGACUAUAA